ACACAAAAAUGAAAAAUGUCACUUCGUUUGAUACCAGUUGAGCUAGCUACGCAAAAAUGGGCUUAAAUGCUUCGUAAUUGCACAAUCUCGCAGGUUGUGAAUGUUGUAAUGAGAAAAAACUACGGCGGAUUUUUUUGGUCUGGUUUAGUCAUUUACACGUAACCUCCGCAGCGAGAUUAGAUGAGAUGAAAGUUCUUAUUCUUGCGCGAUUGACAGCUGCAAGUGGCAACAAUUCAACUGCUUGUAGGAUAAGAGAACAUUUGUUGUCUGGAGGAUUUGAAGUAUCAGCUGUGUGUGUUUCUUAUUUUCAAAAAUACCAUGAAUUGGCUGCUUAUGUUUCUUCUAAUGCCAUAGAUUUCAUUAUUGGAAUCCAUGCAUUUAGAGCAGGGAAACUUCUUUGCGAUUGCAAAGUACCUUAUGCCAUCAUAUUUGGAGGGACAGACUUGAAUGAGCAUCAUAAAGAUAAAGAAAAAUUGUUUUUCAUGAGCAAAGCUGUAUCAAAAGCAAGGAAAUGUGUUGCAUUUAAUAAUGCUAUGAAGCAGAAAGCAAUUUCUUUUUGGGAGGAAGCCAAAGACAAAGUAAUUGUUCAACCACAAGCUGUGGAAGUUCAUGUUUCAGACCAGACCUACCACAUUGGUGCAAAUCUUUCAGACUGGGAAAAGGAAGUGAUUCUUAACAACAAUGCAAUAAUUUUCUUAUUGGUUGCAAGUCUGAGACCCGUAAAAGAUCCUUUUUACUUGGUGGAAACAAUUGCUGCAUGGCAUAAAGCUGAUAAUAGGAUACAUUUAGUUGUUGUUGGACCAGAGAUUGACAUCAGAUACUCAAAAGAGUUCAAGGACUCGGUAACAAACACUCCUGGCAUUAUUUGUAUUGAUAGACAGUCUCCUGCAAAUCUUCAAAGUUUGAUAACGAGAGCAUUUGCGCUAGUGAACACAUCCAAAAGUGAAGGCAUGGCUGGUGCCAUCCUUGAGGCAAUGAGCUUGAGGGUACUUGUGCUUGCAAGAUGGAAUGAUGGAAAUGCUUCAGUCAUAGAGCACAGAAAGACAGGACUGUUAUUCACAAAACCUGAGGAGUUUAGGAGUCUCGCUGAAGAAGCGUUAUCUGAUGAAAGCCUCAGAUGCAAGCUGAUUGACAAUGCUAAGAAAUACAUUUGUGAUCAGCACUCUUUUGAAAAAGAGCGUGCUGUUUACUGUGAGUUAGUACAGUCUUUAGCUGAAAAUGAAGCGAAGUAAAUAGAAUCAGGCCCGUAGCUGGGGUUUUUAGGGGGAAGUGGUCCUCUUACUUUCGUGGAGAGUGUCAAUGCCUGUUGACACUGACUGAGGGUAUUAGAACCUUAGAGCCCUUAAAUACUUGGUCUUAGAGUCUAAAUGAUAGAAGGGGCACACCCUUUGCUUCUUCUCUGGCUACGGGCAUGACUGGUAAAUAGUUUUAAAGUUCUAUUGAAAAAAUCAGAGCUAUUUUUUAUGCGGCGAAAUCAGCGACAAAGCCAGGGCUUAAAAUUACGAAAUUUUACAAUUUGUAAAAGUUGGUAUAGAUUUGAUAUCGAUAAUUACCUUUCGAUGUGGUUUUGCGAUUGUAUUUGUUUAUAUGUCAUAUUUUAUAAAUAUUGUAUUUUGCGAAAAGAACUCUGCUAGGGAUAGUACCUAAGUAGCAUUUUUUCUUUGUAGCAUUUAAAUUAAGAAUCAAGACUCUUACGAUCAAACCCUUUUGCUGUCCAUAUAUUGAAGGGAACUGUAUAGUUUUCAACUCCCAAGGAUCUUAACUGUCUUGUAUUAUACUCAAAUUGAUGGAAUCAGCUUGUUAUUUAGCCAACUCUAUUUAUUUCUAGAAACAAAGUUUAUAGAUCUUGUGUGUAACAUUAUAUUUGAAAAAUAUAUAUUGGCAAGGUUCCAUUCAAUCAGUUGCAAGUACAUCUCUCUCCUACAGUACCUCAGUACCUUUUUGUGUACUCACUGGGGGUGAUGGGGGCGGGGUUAAAAUUUUCCUUCCAUUCUGGGUGACAUUGUUCUGUUAUCUCAAUAGAAUACUGUCCCCUUUUUGCAACAUAAAAUAUUUGACCCCCCUCCCCCCAACUAGCUCAAGCAUCGUAACAAGCUAUAUAAGGCGAUUGCAAGGCCCU